AUGAGUUUUUCUAGUGACGAAGUCAAUUUCCUUGUGUAUCGGUACUUGCAAGAAUCAGGCUUCCACCAUUCUGCUUACACAUUUGGUAUUGAAUCACAUAUAUCUCAAAGUAACAUCAAUGGAGCCUUGGUACCACCUGCAGCAUUACUAAACAUACUGCAAAAGGGAUUACAAUACACAGAAGCAGAAAUCACGAUUGGAGAAGAUGGAACUGAGACACGGCUGACAGAGAGUUUAAGUUUGAUUGAUGCAGUCACACCAGAUAUUGUGGCUGCAAGACAAAAUGCACAUAAUGCUCAAAAGCAAGCAAUUAAGGCUGAACCUGGAUCUGGUGGAGAACAGAAUGGAGUUGAUGGCACUACAUGUAAUGCUGCAGCUGCUACUCCAGGCGGAGCUGCCACUCCCAGUGCUCCAGAAGCAAUGGACAUGGAUCAAUCUAUAGAAAUACCGGCUAGCAAAGCCACAGUGCUAAGAGGACACGAAUCUGAAGUAUUCAUCUGUGCUUGGAACCCUAGUACAGACCUGUUAGCCAGUGGUUCGGGUGAUAGUACAGCUAGAAUAUGGGACAUGUCAGAUAAUCCAGCAACCACACCUAACCAGUUAGUACUGAGACACUGCAUACAAAAGGGUGGAGCUGAGGUACCAAGCAACAAAGAUGUCACAUCCCUAGACUGGAAUUGUGAUGGAAAUCUCUUAGCUACUGGUUCAUACGAUGGCUACGCUCGGAUUUGGACCACAGAUGGUACACUGGCAUCAACAUUAGGUCAACAUAAAGGACCUAUAUUUGCUUUGAAGUGGAACAAACGUGGAAAUUAUAUUUUAAGUGCAGGAGUUGACAAGACUACCAUUAUUUGGGAUGCCUCAACAGGACAAUGUACACAACAAUUUUCAUUCCAUUUGGCACCAGCGCUUGAUGUAGAUUGGCAAACCAACACUUCAUUUGCAUCAUGCUCCACUGACCAAUGUAUUCAUGUCUGUAAACUAAAUGCUGAUAAACCAAUUAAAAGCUUCCAAGGACAUACUAAUGAAGUGAAUGCUAUAAAAUGGGAUCCACAAGGGCAGUUGCUAGCAUCAUGCUCAGAUGAUAUGACAUUGAAGAUUUGGUCUAUGAAACAAGACACUUGCGUACAUGAUUUACAAGCACAUUCGAAAGAAAUUUACACUAUCAAAUGGUCACCUACAGGGCCUGGAACUCAAAACCCCAAUAUGAACCUCAUCUUAGCCAGUGCUUCCUUUGACAGCACUGUUCGUCUAUGGGAUGUGGAGAGAGGUGUAUGCAUACACACCCUUACAAAACAUACUGAACCAGUUUAUAGUGUCGCAUUCUCACCAGAUGGCAAAUUCCUGGCUAGCGGUUCAUUUGACAAAUGUGUUCACAUAUGGUCUACACAAACCGGAAGUUUAGUUCACUCCUAUAAAGGUACCGGCGGUAUUUUCGAAGUGUGCUGGAAUUCACGAGGCACCAAGGUCGGCGCAAGCGCAAGUGACGGUAGUGUUUUUGUUCUCGACCUGCGUAAACUAUAA